AUUUGUUUUGUUUAGACCAUCUGCAGAAAACACUCUGCUCCGGAGUGGGAAACCAAAGGAGGAGAUACCCUGUGCGAAAUAUGCUUGGUUAAUGAAGUCAUGAAAGAGAGAUUCGACGGACAUGACUUAAAUUUACCAGUACAAGCAGCAUGUACGAGACGGAUCCGCAUUUGUUGCUCCUGUAUGAGGAAUUCAUACAUAAAUCCAGUCAAGUGCCAUACUUGCGGGGAGACAAUUCAACCUUUUAUAAAUGCCAAUUGGGGAGCCAUUCUGAUUGCUGGGUAUGAUGAAAAAGCCGGAGAAGUUUUACAAGAUGACAUAAAAAAGUUUAAAGAAGUGAUAACCUCCAAAGUACUGCCAGCAAUGUGUAUAAAUCCACAAAAUGUUAUUAUACUGGUUGAAAACAUGGACGACAUUAAAGCUGAUGAAAAACUUGAUAAGGCAUUUGAUGAUCUUUCCGAAAAGGAAAUUCAAACAUUGUUGUUCGUGUACUCUGGACACCACGAUGAAAUCAGCGGCUUUCAACUGAGCCCCAAUGUGUAUUACCAUUUGGAUAAAGUAAGCAAGAGACUCAAUAAAUGGAACGAAGAAAAACCCCUCUUUGGAAAAGUGGUUGCCUUUCUGGACUGCUGUUAUCCUCAACAAUUGAAUUUGAACAAUUCUCUCAAGCUUAUUCAGUUCAAUGCUACUUCUCCAACAACAACUGCAGAUUUGGACAAAGAAAAGGGUAGUCCCUUUUUGAUGUACGUCAUGCAGGCUUUCACUGCCAGAGCAAAUGGUAAAGACUGUAGACAUGAGGGAUGCAAAUGUUGCGAACAUAUCGUGGGCAACUUUAUUACUCUCCACGAUUUGUGGGAGUAUCUUAACGAACAUGUGAAGAUCGGACAGUUGGAGUUUAAAACGCCGUAUAUGAAUGCAGCGAACAUUGAUUUGAAAGACACAAUCUUAGCCUAUAAUUACGAUUUUGAAGUGAAGUUUGAAUUCACAUUACAAUGGCUUGAUCUGGCACCAUGGAAAUUAUAUGUUCUUCCAAUGGAUUUCAUCGACUUUAAACAUCUGAAAUUGAAAAUUGCUAAAGACAUCUUAAGACACGUGUAUGCAAUUAAUCCAGGAGACUGCGAUGCCCUGUCUAAAUUUGCAGAAAUCAUCAGUUUAGAAAUAAACACUGGACCUAGGACCACGCAUGUUCAAGAGAUUGACAAAGUCGAACUGUUGUUGUUAGCGUGGAACUCUAAACGUCAGUUGCGAUGUCUUGCCCGUCUGCUACCCAACGUAAACGUGGAUAAGCCAGUUGGGCGGUGCUUCAAAAAUGUCCCUGACAUACUAGCUGUACACCAGGAUAUUCUUCAGAAAUACAAUAUAACGGAACAUCAGUUGACACUUCCGAACCUUCGGCAAUAUAAGCAACUGCUGGAAAAGAAAAUUAAGGCUGCAAGGCAAUAUGCUGAUUAUAUGUUUGUUGUGGACAUGCUAAUAAACCACGCAACAACACAGCUACAAAACGCACGUUUAGAAAUUUCCUUCUUCGACCUGGCAACGGACCUCAAACUGGUCCACGUGAAUUUAGUAAAGACCCAUGACGAUCAAGAAGUUGCAAUGCAGUAGAAUAGAUAAUUCGUACUAUAAAUUGGAUUAACAUAUAAUUUCUGUUAAUGUGCAAUGUGAAUUGAUAUAAACGGCUUUUGUACAAAGCAUAGAGAAACCAUUCUGACAGAAAACGUUAACAAAUAAAUAACGAAGCGUUUUCUAAAAGUUUUGUUUUUUUCUACAUGAACUUUAAAAUAUCUUAAAAAAUGCAUUAAAUCGGGUUUUAUCAAAUGUGUACAUUGGGGGGGAAUGUAUUGCAAUAAGAAAACAAAUGUGUGUUUACUUGCAAUUCGUGCGUUUACUUUGAUCUUGGUGUACAGGACACUUUUAGUUCUGAAGAUUGUAUUCCCCAUACGUUCAUUCACAUGUUACAUGUUUUUAAGUUUUAUUUUGAGUAUGUGUUUCCUCUUGCGUUUAGACUGCAUGUUUGCAACCUUUCAACCUUGCAAAAUGAAGACUGUUUGUUUUAAAGACGUAACGUAAAAUGACUUUUUUUUUUCAUUCAUUUCAUUUAUAACCGCAAACGACUAUCAGCAUACAACUUUAUAGAUAUGUAUUUUAUUCCAUGUAAAGUUUGCUUUAUGCAGUGUGAUUUUUUUUUGCAUGUCGCGAUGUUUUGCAUAGAUAUUCGCCUUUACAUUUAGGGCAAGUUUGCGUAUUUAAUCAUAGUACAUAGGAACUUUGGAUCGAACAUUUGCCUCUCAGUUUUAUGUGAAUCAACAUGAUAUUUUGUAGAUAUGUUAUUCAUUAUACGCAGAUCUGCAAGAUGUUAAUUUUUUCUUAGUCACGAUGUUCAUUGCAGAUUAUUUUUCCAUGAACAUAAACAAAUUGUGAAUUCUUACACUAUUGCACAUAUGCACAUUUUAUCGCGAACUUGACUCUCAGUUGUCUACAUGCACAUAUGAAACCUUAAAGAUAUGUUGUUGGUAUUGAGUUAAGUGUAAAAUGUAUGUUUUGUAUAUCACCGUUUCGUUUUAGAAUUAUUUUUUAAACGCGGAAAUAUACUAAUUACAUUACUUACAAUGAUGUACAUUUAUACUUGGUGUCGCAAACAGUUUUCUGUGUAUUAAAACGGAGGUACAUAUGAAUGUUGUUUUACAUUAUGUAAAUGUGUGAGACGUUAUUUGUUAUGUAUUUAUAUAGCAUCUGAUUGGUUAAUGUCCAAUCAUGUGUAUGAUAGCCACGCCUCUAUGUACUUCUGCAUGCUCGCCACUGAUCAUACGAUGUAGUAUUAAAAUAGCCACCAAACGUA